UGGAGAGUCAUAGAUUCACAUCAGCACAAAAAAGAAUUAGGCUUCGUGUCCAGACUCGGGCGAAACUGAUUCUGAAGAAGAACGUUUAAAGGAUCGCGAACUGACAUGUUGAGAGCGCCGAAGACCGAGAAAGAGAUGCUGGAAACGAGAAUGUUUUCUUAAAAAAGACAGACUACAAAAUAAUAAGAAGUGUGAGGUAGGUGGUUUAGAUAAGCGGGUAAAAGCAAAGAUGAAGAUCCGUGCAAUGCAGAUCUGGGGCUUCCUUUUAGCGGUACUGGGGUGGAUCUUUGUCGCCUGCUCCAUGGCCAUGGAGGGCUGGAAGGUCUCCACUAUCGGAGGGCAAGGUGGGAACUCCGUCAUAAAGGUGGGCUGGUACUGGUCCAGUCUGUGGAGGGCCUGCUUCACGGACUCUGCUUCUACAUCCAACUGCUACGACUUCCCCGUUCUGUGGUCCGUUCAAGGUUAUCUUCAGAUUGUGAGGGCUCUGCUCAUGUCUGGGAUGGCUGUUGGAGUGCUGGCCUUCAUCCUGAGUCUCGUGGGAAUGGAAUGCACUUACAUUGGAGGAAAAGACAAAGAGAAGAACCGAUCCAUGUUCACAGGAGGCAUCUGUCACAUAACAAGUGGUAUGCUGGCUGCCUCUGGUUAUGCACUUUAUGCUCAGCAUGUUUCUGCAGAGAAUUUCAACCCCAGAUUUGAUGGACUGCAAUUUGACUUGGGAACCCCCUUGUUUCUUGGAUGGGCCGGAUGCGCUUUUCAGAUCAGCGGAGGGAUUUUCUUCCUAGUAUCAGCCUGCAAGAUCCGGUCUUUGACACACAGCAGCGAACCAGCACUCAGCGUUCCCGUCGCAGAGGACAAUGCCUUGCGUUCCUCUCAAACAAACGUUUCCAUCAUAUCUGAACUCUCCACAAAAUCCAACGUCUCAGCCGUAUCUGAGCUCUCCUCAAAGUCAGAAACAACAGCUCUGUCAAAUGCGCUAUCAAAGAGCACGCACAUCUCAAGAAGCAGGCGUCCCUCAAGAACCAGACGCUCUGAUAAAUCGAGAGGCUCUAUCAAAUCGGACGUGUCGCGAUCGGUGAGCUCCUCGCGGUCCUCGAGGAUCAGCAGAUCACAUUUCAACAGCAAGAAAGAGCCUGCUUCUUCUGGAGGCACUACACAUCACUUCAUCAAGAACUCCUACCUCUGAAACGCUGAGCUUGGAUUACUGAAUCUGGUUAUGAUCUGGAAAAGACAAAACGGUGAUGUCCAGUGUAGUGCUCUAUAAAUCACUCUUUUAUUUGCUCAUAACAAAACAACCCUACACUGGACAGCUGAACAGUGUUACUACAGAUCCCAAGGAACUCGGGUUUAGAGUCAUUUAUUGGUGGAUUCAUUCUUUGAGAAUUAUAGAUUGCGUAUUAAUUAAACAGAGCAUUACUGCCUAUGGAUUACUGAAAUGCGAGUUAGACCUAUUUUUCUUCAUGACUUCAUUUUAUAUCCAGUAAAAUUGAUUUAAUAAAACAAUGAAAGAUGACAAUCAUUUUUUUUAAGAUGUCCUAAAUACAUAUCUGUGUAUUACGAGCCUAUAUGAAUCUGAUAAUAACAUUAACUUUUGUGUUUUCUGAAAUGUUAUUUGAAAAUAUUGUUGAAAUAUGAUUUUUUAUAUAUAUAUAUAUAUAUAUAUAUAUAUAUAUAUAUAUAUAUAUUUAAAAAAACUUCCUAACAGAAACUUUUCUAAGCUUUUCUUGGGACCUAAAAGAAUAUUUAAUAAUAAAUCAAUUAAGUAAUAAUUUCCUGUAUACAUUUAUCAAAACACAAUUAAA